CACACACACACAUUACGACACUCAUGUCGGAGCCCAAGUGCCGACCGGUGGGACUGACCGAGUACAGUUGGUGCAAAGCCGUCCCCGGCGGCACCGGCAUAACUGUCCUCGCCCUCCUCAUCUCAAAACCAAUUGAUUUAUCACUCCUCCAAAACGCCCUUCACCAACUACAGAAGUCCCACCCAAUCCUCAACUCCAAACUCCGCCACAACACCACCAUCAACUCAUUCUCCUACACCACACCCUCCACCCCUCACCUCCAGAUCCAACUCUUCGAUCUUCAAUCAACAUCUGACAUCCUACAAGGACUAACCAAUCCUAACAACUCCUCCAUGUCUCACUUCCACCUUAUUCUUGAGCGUGAAAUUAAUACAAACACCUGGUGUGCUAACAAUGAUUCGUUGGACUCUGAAAUUGACGUGUUCUUUGCGAGUGUGUACACUUUAAGGGAUGACAGAUGGGCUGUGAUGCUCCGGCUUCACACGUCGGCGUGUGACCGGACCUCCGCGGUUUCAUUGCUGAGGGAGUUGUUGGGUCUGAUAUGUGAGGGAAAGAAGGAAGAGUUGGAGUUACAGAGGGAAGUAGAGGAGGAAAUGGAGGUUGGUUUGGGAAUUGAGGAUUGUAUUCCCCCUGGGAAAGCUAAUAAACCAUUUUGGGCUCGCGGAGUGGACAUACUUGGGUACUCUUUGAAUUCUCUGAGGUUGGCAAACUUGAAUUUCAAGGACAUUGACUCGCCUAGAUCAUCACAAGUAGUGAAGCUACAGCUGAAUUCGGAUGAUACUGAUCGAAUUCUUUUGAUCCAACUCUUUGAUCUUCAAUCAACAUCUGACAUCCUACAAGGACUAACCAAUCCUAACAACCCCUCCAUGUCUCACUUCCACCUUAUUCUUGAGCGUGAAAUUAAUACAAACACCUGGUGUGCUAACAACGAUUCAUUGAACUCUGAAAUUGACGUGUUCUUUGUGAGUGUGUACACUCUAAGUGAUGACAGAUGGGCUGUGAUGCUCCGGCUUCACACGUCGGCGUGUGACCGGACCUCGGCAGUUUCAUUGCAGAGGGAGUUGUUGGGUCUGAUAGGUGAGGGAAAGAAGGAAGAGUUGGAGUUACAGAGGGAAGUAGAGGAGGAAAUGGAGGUUGGUUUGGGAAUUGAGGAUUAUAUUCCCCCUGGGAAAGCUAAUAAACCAUUUUGGGCUCGCGGAGUGGACAUGCUUGGGUACUCUUUGAAUUCCUUGAGGUUGGCAAACUUGAAUUUCAAGGGCAUUGACUCGCCUAGAUCAUCACAAGUAGUGAAGCUACAGCUGAAUUCGGAUGAUACUGAUCGAAUUCUUUUGAUCCAACUCUUUGAUCUUCAAUCAACAUCUGACAUCCUACAAGGACUAACCAAUCCUAACAACCCCUCCAUGUCUCACUUCCACCUUAUUCUUGAGCGUGAAAUUAAUACAAACACCUGGUGUGCUAACAACGAUUCAUUGAACUCUGAAAUUGACGUGUUCUUUGUGAGUGUGUACACUCUAAGUGAUGACAGAUGGGCUGUGAUGCUCCGGCUUCACACGUCGGCGUGUGACCGGACCUCGGCAGUUUCAUUGCAGAGGGAGUUGUUGGGUCUGAUAGGUGAGGGAAAGAAGGAAGAGUUGGAGUUACAGAGGGAAGUAGAGGAGGAAAUGGAGGUUGGUUUGGGAAUUGAGGAUUAUAUUCCCCCUGGGAAAGCUAAUAAACCAUUUUGGGCUCGCGGAGUGGACAUGCUUGGGUACUCUUUGAAUUCCUUGAGGUUGGCAAACUUGAAUUUCAAGGGCAUUGACUCGCCUAGAUCAUCACAAGUAGUGAAGCUACAGCUGAAUUCGGAUGAUACUGAUCGAAUUCUUUUGGGCUGCAAAUCAAGGGGGAUCAAGUUAUGCGGGCUCUUGGCAGCUGCCGGAUUGAUUGCAGCUCAUUCCAGUAAUUGUCUUCCUGACCAAUGGCAGAAGUAUGCAGUCGUAACACUCACUGAUUGUCGUUCCAUGCUUCAUCCUGUUCUUAGUUGCCGCAAUUUUGGGUUUUACCAUUCUGCUAUCGUGAAUACACAUGACAUAAAAGAAGGGGAAAACCUUUGGGAGCUGGCAAAGAGAACCUACAUGUCAUUUGCAAAUGCUAAAAAUAAUCAGAAGCAUUUCUGGGACAUGAAUGACCUUAACUUUCUCAUGGUCAAGGCCAUUGAUAACCCUGGAUUAACACGGUCGUCAUCAUUAAGAACUUCACUCAUAUCGGUGUUUGAAGACCCAGUGAUUGACCAUUCCGAUGAAUUGCAUCAAGAGAUUGGAUUGGAGGACUACAUAGGGUGUGCUUCUGUUCAUAGUGUAGGCCCAUCAAUCGCAAUAUUUGACACGAUACGAGAUGGGGAAUUAGAUUGUGCAUGUGUAUAUCCAUCACCACUACAUUCGAGGGAACAGAUGCUAGAGCUGAUUGAUGACAUGAAGAGAAUUCUUGUAAAUGGCAGUAACCAUGUGGAGAGUGACAGCUAGUUUUUCUUAAUGAGAUUCUAGUGAUGGCACUGUAGAUUUGUGGGUUGGUUUCAACAUCUGUUUUAACCAAGAGUAAUGUAAUUUCUCUCUCUAUAUAUACAUGAUCAAUUUGUUCCUAACUGAUCAAAAUCUGCAUUGAAGUCUAUACAUUUAAUGUUC